GGAAAGGUAUGGAGAGGAGUUUAAAACAUACUGUAAGAGGAGAGGAGUAAAUAGCUAAGAUGUGACAGCAAGGUGUGCCAGCCAGGAUGCUUCGCCUUCGACUCCUUCCCAUUGCGGCAGGGCUGUCCGCCGUCUCCCGGCGCUACCACGGGACGACACAUCACCCUGGGGCCAGGCGGAGGCUUGUGGUGGCGGCUUUCCUAGGGACCACCGCAGCGACAGCGAGUGCUAGAUUUCUUUGGCAGAGGGCCUAUGCGGAAGACUCAUCUGUAAAACACGAUCCAAGGGCAGACCCAAGUGAGAAGGUGAAGCACCAGGAGGAGGAGGAGAGCAGCACCAAUGACAGCGGGAAGGCUGUAGCCUCAGGCAAUGAGGAGGCUCUGCCAGAAGGGAAGAAGAAGAAGCGUUCAGGGUUCAGGGAUCGUAAGGUGAUGGAAUAUGAAAACAGGAUCAGAGCCUAUUCCACACCAGACAAAAUCUUCAGAUACUUUGCAACUUUGAAAGUAAUAAAUGAGCAUGGUGAAUCGGAGGUUUUCAUGACACCGCAGGAUUUUGUGAGAUCAAUAACACCUAAUGAAAAACAACCAGAAAACCUGGGCCUGGAUCAGUUCAUUGUGAAACGUUAUGAUGGAAAGAAAUUAUCCCAGGAGCGGGAGAAGUUUGCUGAUGAAGACAGCAUAUUUUAUGCGCUUGGAGAAUGUGGACUCAUUUCUUUUUCCGACUACAUUUUCCUUACUACGGUCCUUUCCACUCCCCAGAGGAAUUUUGAGAUCGCCUUUAAGAUGUUUGAUCUGAACGGUGAUGGUGAAGUGGACAUGGAAGAGUUUGAGCAGGUGCAGAGCAUCAUUCGCUCCCAAACCAGCAUGGGCAUGCGCCACAGAGACCGCUCCACAACUGGAAACACACUGAAAACUGGGUUCAACUCUGCCCUUACGACCUACUUCUUUGGAGCUGAUCUGAAGGGGAAGCUCACCAUCUCUCACUUCCUGGACUUCCAGCGCAAACUUCAGCAUGACAUUCUGAAGCUCGAGUUUGAGCGUCACGAUCCGGUGGACGGGCGGAUCACGGAGCGCCAGUUCGGCAGCAUGCUGCUGGCUUACAGCGGGGUGCAGUCCAAGAAGCUCACUGUCAUGCUGAAGCAGCUCAAGAAGCACUUUCAGGACGGAGAGGGGCUGACGUUUGAGGAGGUAGAGAACUUCUUUACAUUUCUGAAGAACAUAAACGACGUGGACACGGCUUUGAGCUUUUACCAUAUGGCUGGAGCUUCCCUUGAUAAAGUGACGAUGCAGCAGGUGGCCCGGACGGUGGCGAAGGUGGAGCUCUCCGACCACGUGUGCGAUGUGGUGUUCGCACUCUUCGACUGCGAUGGGAAUGGAGAGCUGAGCAACAAGGAGUUUGUUGCCAUUAUGAAGCAGAGGCUUAUGAGAGGCUUGGAGAAACCCAAAGACAUGGGAUUCACGCGGCUCAUGCGGGCCAUGUGGAAGUGCGCCCAGGAGACGGCUUGGGACUUCACCAUGCCGAAGCAGUAGCCGGGCAGGCGGGAGAGCCCGUCUUCGUGUGGUCCUGGAGCCCGUCUGUCCUGCAGCGCGCCCCGCCAAGACCUGCAGGAGCCCCUCGCUGGUGGCACUGUGCUCUGCACCGAUCCAGAGCCAGGACUGUUGAUAACUGGAGAUUUUGUAAACACUUUGGUAGAAAUUGAAGCCUGCUGUAUCUGCUGCUUCUGCUUGCCUCUGCUUUUGCUCCCUUAAUAUUCCUGUUUCUCCCUCAGGAAAAAGACUGUUUUUAAGCCACGGCCACGAUGCACUCUGUGUCCUGCAGAGCUGGGCAUCGAGCUGGUGGGCUGCACCCCCGGUUUUAUGUAAUGGUAUUACAAAACAGCAUGCUUUUUAUUUUAAAUUUUCAGAUUGCUCCUAUGAAAGAAGCCCUAGGAUUCCUGGAAAGCUCAUCCCGGUUUUUGCUCAUGAGACCUAGGAGCAGAGGCUGAAGCAGAGAGGUGGUGAGAGGCCCCAGGAGUUUGGUCAGCUGAGCACUUAGCACCUGCUGGGACUCUUGGGGGUUGGAAGGGACAUGUGUGUGCGCAGCUGUUAACAACAAGUUUAGAAAAGAAAAAGUCAAAAACUUGCUUUCCCACCUUCUUUUCUGCCCUGCAUAAGGUCUGUAAUUCUCUUGAUUAAAAUCAAGAGGGAGUCCUCUCCCUGGGGAAUUGCUGUUCUGCAGAGGGAACAGGCUGAAAUGUGUUACUUGGGGGUGCUGUCCUGGUGCAAAGCACUGCGCAAUGAUACUGCUCCCAGCACCAGUGGGUGCUCGUGGCUCAUCUUUCGACUGCACUUUUGGCACAGUGUUAAAUAAAGGCGCCCGCGGAGAGAAGCGGAGGUUGUCCUUGCAGGCUGGAAGUGCCGACAUCA